AUGGUUAGAUAUAGGAGACAACUACAUUCACGGAAGCAUUCCUCCAGAGAUAGCAAGCCUAAUCAAUUUGGAUGUCGUGGGCCUGGGAGAAAAUAUCUUAACAGGCACAAUUCCAGCUUCAUUUGGGAAACUUCCAAAGCUGCAAGAACUUUAUUUGGAAAUUUUUUUUCUUACAGGGGAGAUUCCCUCUUCCCUUGGAAAUAUCACCCUACUAUUAGAUUUCGGAGCGCAAACAACACCUUAGAGGGAAGCAUACCUUCAAGUUUUGGAAACUGUAAAAAUCUCCUGUACUUAGACCUUUCCAAUAAUAAACUCACUGGUACCAUACCCGCCCAACUUCUUGGUCUUUCUUCCCUCUCUAUAGGUGUUAACUUGUCUUACAACUCCUUGACUGGCUCCUUACCGGUGGAAGUUGGAAAUUUGGGAGUUCUUACUGCACUUGAUGUUUCUUACAACACAUUGUCUGGAGAGGUUCCUAGUGAGCUAGGGUCCUGUUUGGCCUUGCAACAACUCUACAUGCAGGGCAACUUGUUUCAAGGAACCAUUCCUUACAUAGGUAAUUUGAGUAGCCUUCAAUGUCUAGAUCUUUCCAACAACAGCUUGGAUGGUCAAAUUCCACCAUACCUGGUCAAUAUUUCCUCUUUACUGAAUUUGAAUCUUUCGUACAACAAUCUUGAGGGUGAGGUUCCAGCAGGAGGAGUGUUCACAAAUGCUAGUGCCAUUGAACUCUAUGGCAACAAGAAUCUCUGUGGGGGAAUUCCAGAGCAGCAUUUUCAACCAUGCCCUACCGGGCCUACACAACCUAAGAAAUCAAGGAAACAUAAGUUGAUACUGGCUAUUGCCAUUUUUCUUUCUUUCUUAGCUCUGUUUCUACUUUUACUCCCAAUUAUCUGGAGAAGAAAUCUGAGGAAGAAACCUCAGCCUAUUCCUUCUUUAGGGCUCUUCUAUCCAAAAAUUUCUUACGAAGAGCUCCGAAACGCAACUGCUGGAAUCCUUGGUCCAGAUGAACCAAGUGUUGCAAUAAAGGUACUCAACCUUCAGCAGAGAGAAUCAUCCGAAAGCUUUAUGGCCGAAUGCGAAGCCUUGAGAAACUUAAGGCAUCGAAACCUUGUAAAAGUUUUAACUGCUUGCUCAUCUAUUGAUUUUGGGGGGAACGAUUUCAAAGCUUUAGUAUACCAGUUUAUGCCAAAUGGGAGCUUGGAGAAGUGGCUGCAUCCAGAAGAUGGAAUGACUUAA